AUGGCGAGCAGCGGCAGCGAGGCCGAGGCCGAGCCGGGCACGAGCGGCAGCGGCACGCGGCGGCGGCUCGGAGCGGCAGGCGAGGACCUGGGGCCUGCGGGGCCCCUGCAGCGCGUGCUGCAGCUGCCGCUGGAGGCCGCGGCCUCGCUGAGCAAGGAGGAUGCUCACUACCUGGAGAAGCGGGGGCGCAGGCGGUGGUGGCGCAGCGCGCAGUUCCCUAGGGUUCCGGCAGAGUCGGAGGAAGAUGGGCGGCCCGAGCUGCAGCGGAGCGUGUUCUACGCCGCCCUGUCCCCGCUGCUCGCAUUCUACGUGCUCUUCACCGCCCUGCUCUACCCCAUGCACGCCUCGCUGCACCUCAACGGCUUCUACGCCGCCACCGCCGCCGUGGUGCCCGCCGGCCUGCACGGCCUGCUCAAGGUCAUUGAGUACUGGACCUUCUCGCUCUUCUACUGCGCCAGCGAGCUCUGGGGAUCCGUCGUCAUCUCCGUCCUCUUCUGGUCUCUGGCCAACGAGGUGUGCACCAUCGCAGAGGCAAAGACUGUAUACCCUCUGAUGGGCAUUGCCGCCAACGUGGCGCUGGUGCUGGCGGGCAGCUGGGUCAAGUGGGUGAACGCCAACCUUGUGCCGCUGGCGGGCGGCAGCACGCAGGCAAGCCAUCAGCUGCCUGGGGCCAUGCUCAACUACCUGGUGGGCGGCAUCGUGUGCCUGACGGGGGUCAUGAUGGCGGCCAAGUUUGCGCUGGACAACUGGUGUGUGGGUGACUAUUGCGCCAUUGAUGCCGACGGCACCAAGCCAACCGCCAAGAAGAAGAAGAAGAAGGGGAGCCUGGGGGAGAGCUUCGCCGUCAUCCGCAGCAGCCCAAAGAUCCUCAACCUAGCGCUGCUGGUUGUGUCCUACGGCGUCAGCCACCGCCUGUUUGAGUUUGCGUGGAAGGGACAGCUGCGCGCGCUCUACCCCACGCCCGCAGCCUACCAGGCACGCGCCGCUGCCGCCCGCCGCCACCUGCCGCGUGCCGCCUCGUGUCGUGUCGCAGCCGCGCGGGAUGCUUCGGUGCUGGCUGACGUGUCCAUCGCCACCGGAUACUGCACCAUUGCCCUCAUGCUGAUGGGCAAGUUUGUGUUCCAGUACCUGGGCUGGAUUGCGGCCGCCUCGGCCACCCCCUCCAUCAUGCUGCUGGCCGGCGCCGGCUUCUUCGGCCUGUCGCUGGCAGCCAACCAGGGUGUCAGCGUGAUGGGCAUGGACCCAACAGCCAUGGCGGUGGCGGGGGUGGCGGCAGGCGCCAUCACUCAGGUGCGCCUGCUGGCGGGAGACAGCCAUGCCUGCGGUGUCCUGGGCACGCAGCUCAAGGAGUAUGAGCAGGAGAAGGCCAGCAAGGAAGCUGCGGCUGCGGCAGCAGCCCCGGCCCCCGAGGGCCAGAGGGCGCCGUCAACGGCGCCAGAGGGCGGGCUCAACGGCAGCGCGGCCGGCAGCGAGGCCGACGCCUCCCCCGCCAUCACCCCACAGGCCGCCGCGUUCCCCAGCGCCAGGCGGCUUGCAGAGCCUCGGGGGAGCCUGCCAGGGGGGAGGAAACCCGCAGCACAGGCCAAUACGGCCGCAGCGGCAGCCACGCCAGGCGGGCAGGCGGUCGCCCUGUUCACCGCUGAGGAAGGGUGGCAGCUGGCGGCGCCGCCUCGCGAGGGCACCGUCUUCUACACCCACUGCCUGUGCCCGUAUGCGGAGCGCGUGUGGAUCGCGCUGCUGGAGAAGGGCCUGCCUCACCGCCUGGUGCACAUCGACCUGUCCCGCAAGCCCGCCUGGUACCGCAGCGUCAACCCGCGCGGCCUGGUGCCUGCCCUGCAGCUCGACGGCAGCGUGGUGGUGGAGUCUGCAGACAUCUGCCGCCACGUGGAUGCCCAGGCGGCAGGCCCCAGCCUGACGCCCCAGGACCCACCCCUGCAGCGACAGAUGGAGGCGCUGCUGCGGGGCCCCUGCAGUGGCGCUGUGUCGGUGGGGCUGGACCUGAUGGCAGGCGCCACGGCGCGGCACUGGGGCAUCGGCAGCGGGCAGACGGCGGCGCAGCGGGCGGCGUUUGAGGUGCAGCUGGCCGGGCUGGAUGCGGCGCUGCGGCAGCACGGCGGCCCCUUCCUGCUGGGGCCCCAGCCCAGCCUGGCAGACAUCAUGGUGUAUCCCUUCCUCAAGCGCUAUGCAGUGGCCCAGCCCUUGACCGGCUAUGACGUGGGCGCGGCGCUGGGUGGCAGCGUCGGGCGCUGGCUGGCGGCCAUGGGCGCGCGCCCUUCCUGCCGCACCACCUCCGCUGAUGACGCCCUGCUGCUGCAGGCCUACCAGCAGCACCGCAGCCUCGACUUUUUCGACCUUGAAACCUACUCCUGCUGCCAGCUGCACCCCCACAACGCUACGCACCUGCUGCACCACUAG